UCUCUCUCUCUCUCUCUCUCUCUCUCUCUCUCUCUCUCUCUCUCUCUCUCUCUCUCCACGGAGAAAGGUUUCAAGAACCCAAAGGGCUUCUGAAAGCUUCUUCAUACUCUUAGCACUAUGUCUAUGAUGGUGGAAGUGCGAGUGCCGAACCUGGACUGCGAGGGAUGUGCAGCUAAGUUGAAGAGAGCUCUCUUCAAGCUCAAAGGAGUAGAAGAAGUGGAGGUGGACAUGGAGAUGCAGAAACUGACCGCCAGAGGCUACAGAUUGGAGGAGAAGAAGGUGCUGAAGGCCAUUAAAAGAGCAGGGAAAGCGGCGGAGCCAUGGCCUUUUCCGGGGCACUCUCAUUUCGCUUCGUUUUAUCAAUACCCUUCUUACGUAGUCAACCAAUACUACUAUGAUGCCCACAGGAUCGGAGCUUCUUCCGGCGUCCACACUUUCUUCCACACUCCCGCAGUCUACUCAGUCGCCAUCGCCUCCGAUGAGGCCUUCGCUUCUCUCUUCAGCGACGAUAAUCCACAUGCUUGCACCAUUAUGUGAAAUUAACUAGUUCUUGCUGCUUUGAAGUUAGUUUUGCUCUCGGUAUUCCCUUUUGAAUUCGGUUCGUAGAGACAGAAACUCUAGUCUGAUGGAUGUUCUAUUAUAUUCAAGAUUGUUAGUUUUGACAGAUUUA